AUGGCCGUCACAAAGGUGAUUGCAUUGUCCCUGAGUUGGGCACUGGUUUCCGCUGGUGGUCUUGGCGGUGGCGGCGGAGGCUUCGGUGGUGGAGGCUUCGGAGGCGGAGGCUUCGGAGGUGGAGGCCACGGAGGAGGCUUUGGAGGUGGAGGUGGCCAUGGUGGCGGUUUCGGAGGCGGAGGCGGUGGUGGCCACUCUGUCGAUGUUCAAGCGAUCGACGUGCCAUCGGUAACGGAAGGUGGUGGCGGAGGAGGCGGGUUUGUCGGAGGAGGUGGAGGAGGUGGUGGCGGAGACACCGCCAACGUCAUCGUCAUUAAGGGUGGAGGCGGCGGUGGUGGUGGUGGUGGCGGCGGCGGCCGUCAGGUGACCACGCUGCGUCGCUUCACGGCCCAUGUGGACACCAGCUCCGUGCCCAUCGACUUCCAGCAUGUCCAGAUACCGAACAAGUUCCCGAGCCGGCCACUUGGUGCCACCCGGCACGGCCCCGUCGGUUACAUCGUCGCCAUGGAAGGCCAAGCUCAGGUUCAAGGAGGCGGCGGCGGACACGGCGGCGGCGGAGGAGGCUUCGGUGGAGGCGGGUUUGGUGGAGGUGGCUUCGGAGGAGGUGGAUUCGGAGGCGGAGGUGGCGGAGGUGGACACGAGGUGUUCGAGGUCAAGGCUAUCUCCGGAGGAGGAGGCGGCGGCGGUGGCGGCCACGGCGGUGGUGGAUUCGGAGGAGGUGGCUACGGGGGUGGCGGAGGUGGCUUCGGAGGUGGGCAUGGAGGUGGAGGUGGGGGCGCCAAUUUGCAGCAAGUCCACGUUGAAGAAGAGACCAAGACGCACAGUUCUGGAGGCGGCGGUGGCCACGGAGGCGGCGGCUACGGAGGUGGCGGAGGCUUCGGAGGUGGAGGCUUCGGAGGCGGACACGGAGGCGGAGGCGGUGGUUUCCAAGUAGAGAACGUCGAAGUCGUCAAGGUGGCAGCAGGAGGCGGCGGCGGCGGGGGAGGCUAUGGCGGUGGCGGCGGUGGUGGUGGACACCACGGUGGCGGAUGGCAGUGA